UAUAUAUAUCCCAUCGCGACUUACAUUCCUAAUUUGAAAAACAUAUCAAAAGAAUACAGUUGAUUGUAGAAGAUGGCAAGCAUUCAGAACGGAAAGUUUAGCUUUCACAGGUGUUUUUGUCCACAGAAUUAUUCGCAAAAAAUGGAAAUCCCCAUAUCAUACAUGGACCCUGUGCAUAGGGACUCCAUGCGGAAAACCUUGCCAAAAAAGGUAUUACUUAGGAAUUCUACUAUGAAAAUUUGGACUGUGAGGAUAACACAAACUGAAGAUCGUGUUUUCUUCCACGAUGGUUGGGAAAAAUUUGUGAAGGACCAUCGUUUAAAAUCUGGAUAUCAAUUGGUUUUUGAGUUUGAUGGUCAUAGUGUGUUUGACUUUUUGUUAUUUGACAAUGAGUCAAAUGUGAAGAUCUUUGUCAUGAAAAAGUUGGAAAAAAUUGACAUCAAGAAAGAAUACCAUAUGGAAGAAACAUAUACAAAGGUGAAUGGUGUUGCCGGUGAUGAUGCUAAUGAUGGGGCUAGUGAUGGGGCUGGUGAUGGUGUUGAUGAUGGUGAUGCUGAUGAUGGUGCUGCUGCUGAUGAUGAUUAUAUUGGUGGCAGUGGCGGUGGAGAUGAAGGUGAUGAGGACGAGGAAGAGGAGGUCCCACAUUUGAAGAGGAGACGACAUAAGAGAAAUGUUGGUGCUGAGGAGCGAAUCUCCCGCAAGGAAACUAAGGAUGUCCCUGACCAUUAUGGAGUCGAUAUUUUCAAGUCUGGACAUUAUACUCAACCAACAAACCCUUACUUCGUGGCAGGAAUCAGAUCAAAAAGGCGCAAUGACUUGUAUAUACCAAGGGAUGUGAUCAAGGAUAUUGUAUUACCGCCAACUAUAAUCCUGCGUGACCCGAGAGGCAAAGAAUGGAUAAUGAAGGCCAAGGUUUGGGCAGAUGGGCGAACGUGGAUGAGCGGGGGUUGGAUGAAUCUAUGCCGACGGAAUCUUGUGGAGAAAAAUGAUAGGUUGAUCUGUGAGUUUUUGCCCCGAGAGGAGGGAAAGGACGAUGUGGUCUUACAAGUCACUGCCAUCAUCCGAGAGGGUGACUUUUGAUGUUUCAUGUCUUAUGUUCUCUAUGCCGAGAAGCUAGCUAUGAUGAUACUUUAAUAACUAUUAGCUCUCCAUGAGUGAUGGUUCCCAUGGUUAGUUGUGUUAUGACAUUGCUGCUUUAAUUUAUGAGGCAUUCAACAAUACAUUGUAUUUCCAUUUUAAAAGAUUUUAUGGUUUCUUUUUGCCAAUAUUUGUUUGAGAUCCUCCUAUUAAUCGGUUGCCUUAGUUAUAUCUGAGUUUCCAUUCUGAUGUAAAAGAUCAACAACCUCUGAGAGCUUGAAG